CGCGGGCUGAGGCGGAGGGACGGGGCCAAGAUGGCGGCGCCCGUCCUGCUGCGGGUGUCGGUACCGCGCUGGGAGCGGGUGGCGCGGUCCGCCGUGUGCGCCGCCGGCAUCCUGCUGUCCCUGUACGCCUGCCACCUGGAGCGCGAGAAGGGCCGCGACAGCCACUACCAGGCCCUGUGCGACCUCAGCGAGCGGGUGCGCUGCUUCACCGCCAUCACCUCCAGAUGGGGUCGAGGAUUCGGUCUCUUGGGUUCCAUCUUUGGAAAGGACAGUGCAAUAAAUCAGUCAAACAGUGUUUUUGGCCUGGUGUUUUAUAUACUACAAAUGCUACUUGGUAUGACAGCAAGUGCAGUAGCAGCUCUAAUCCUCAUGACAUCCUCCAUAGUGUCUGUAGUAGGGUCCCUGUACUUGGCAUACAUUCUGUACUUCGUGCUGAAGGAAUUUUGCAUUGUCUGCGUGCUCACAUAUUUGCUGAACUUCAUUCUCUUUAUCAUCAACUACAAACGACUAGUUUAUUUGAACGAGGCCUGGAAGAGGCAACUCCAACCCAAACAGGAAUAACCCCUGGUGGAACUUUUGACUGACAGUCUGAAGACCCAACUUCCAUUAAGUUUAUUUUGCAGUAAUUUUUUUAUUCUCCAUAUCAGACACUUUUUUCUCCCCUUCCCCCUCCCCGAGAAUCAUAACGGAAAUUUUGAAUUAUAAAUUUCAAGGGGCCCCAGAUAAUUUCUCUGUGCUAAUCUUCAGUUUAAAUGCGGUUAUGAAAGAAAGCUCUAUAACAAUCAAAGACAAGCUUUAACUUUACUUUGAAGGAGUUUUAGCCACAGCAAAACCUAGACUCUCUCUCUUCCCCCUCCACUUGUGAAGUGGGUAACACUUGCUAUAAAAUAUCCUGUAUAUAAAUUCAGGUAUAACAAGAUGUGAUCAUGACAUGAAAUAUUCUAGACUAGCAUCACCAUAUUUAAUGUUGCCAUGUUUACAGUAUGUGUAUUUUUUUUUUNU